CCUGCAACUCCGGAUGGUGUCCAUGGAUGCUCCCUGUGGCCCUACUUCACAGAUGUCCCUUGCAACCCCACGUCCUGUCCCACGGAAGCCCUCUGCAGCCCCGUGUCUUGACCCACGGAUGCUCCCCGCAGCCUCACAUCCCACCCCAUGGAUGCUCCCUGCAGUCCUCAUCCCUGUCCCACCUCGGGGACACCCCAUGGUGCCCAGGCAGGGCUGGCAGCUUCCGACGGUCCCAGCGCGGCUGCCAGGUCUCACUCCCCUUGGCUGCCUCCCAUGGAGCCCAUUGACAGCCCGGGCACGGAUCUGGGCAGCCGAGGAAUCCGGUGCUUGGCAGGGCAGGAUGGUACCCACACCCCCUGACGAGGACGUGUGCAGCCUCAGAAAGUCUCCGUGCUGCCCAGGACCAUGAAGUUGCCCCCUGAGCACCAUCCUGCCUUGCUGGCUCUUCCACCCAUGGGAUGCUGAGGGCACCGUGCCGCUCCCUGGCACCGUUGGGUGCUGAUGACACCCACACGGGGUGCAAACACCACCGGCCGGGGUGGCAGCGUGUGCUGGGGACGUGCUGGCAGGGCACUUGCCUGGCUCCAGCCCAGGUCCCGGCUGGCCGAGGGUGCUGGCGGGCGCCCAGCACCGCGGUGCUGCCCCUGCUCAGCUGUCGCUGUCGGUGACACUCCCCGUGACGGUCCCGCUCGGCUCAGCCACACCGUCAACACCCCGCGCCUGCAGUCCCUGCGCAUGGACCUGUGCCACGUCCCCGGCACCCGGGAGAAGGGCUGGUACCUGGCGCUGAUGGCCCCCAACGUCAAGGGUCCCAACUAUGCCUGGCUGGACCCUUCGCGCCUCUACUGCCACCCGCAAGGCUUGCAGGACUGCGUGGCUGAGCUGCUGCAGCCCUUCCAGGGUGACGCCAUCGACAUGGUAGCUGGCAUCGACGCCAUGGGCUUCAUCCUGGGCGCUGCCGCCGCUGCCACGCUGCGGAAAGGCUUCCUCGCCAUCCGGAAAGUCGGGCAUCUCUGCGUGCAGACGGUGACGCAGCCCUACACCGAUUAUUCAGGCCGAGAGAAGGUGAUGGAGGUCCGCACCGAUGCCAUCUCACCAGGGCUGCGCAUCCUCCUUGUGGACCAAUGGGUGGAAACUGGGGGCACCAUGCGAGCGGCCAUCCAGCUGGUGGAGCGGCUGGGGGGGGUCGUGGCAGGCGUCGCUGCCAUCUGCAUCGAGGACAGCGAGGGCGCGCGGUGGAUCCGGGAGCGCUAUAAAUGUGCCCACUGCGUCCCCCCACAACUGCAGCCCCGCUUCGACCAGCACCAGCUGGGCUGGGACUGAUGGGGGGGCAGCACCCUGCUUGUCCCGGGGUGCAGGACUGCUGGCUCUGGGGGGCAGGGAUGCCCACGACACCUACCGCUCCCUUUGGCUGUCACCUCCCAGAGAUGUUACCCCUCCUCGGGGGCAGCCACCCCCCGUCCUGACUUCAUUCCCCCACCGCCUGCCUGUGAGUCUCGGGGGGCAGAGGAGCUGCAGCCAGCCCUGACCC